ACCAAAGCGCUUGAGCGCGUGAAUGCGUGUGGAUAGUGUGUUCUACGAGAGGCUGAAGCGACGCGGUUGAUGCGUUUGACACUGGAACACAAUGACUCUACUGGGAUCUGAACAUUCCAUUCUGAUUCGCAGCAAGUUUAAAUCAGUCCUGCAGCUGAGACUCCAGCAGAGGAGGACACGAGAGCAGCUCGCUGAGCAGGGCAUCAUGCCUCCCUUGAAGAGUCCGGCUGCGUUCCACGAACAGAGGAAAAGUCUCGAGCGAUCCAAGACUGGAGAUUAUUUAAAGCACAAAAUCAGAAGUCGACCAGAGAAAUCUGAGCUUGUCAACAUGCGUAUUCUACCAGUGAACCAUGGGAAGCUGGCGCAGCAGGAGGACUCGUACGCGUUUGAGGAGGACAGCAGCAGUGAGAGUCUGUCUCCAGAUCAGCUGCACAGUGAAGAGUCGCAGUGUUCAGCUGAAGCGCUUACAGAGAACAAGAGCUCACCGGCACUCACCAACACUGAUCACGGGUCUCACAGCAAAGACGGCAGCACUCAGAACCAGGAGGAGAACAUGACGACCAGCCAGGAAACACCUCCGAUUCCCGUUCCUGCAAUAGUCAAGCAGUCCAAAAUGUCUGAGAAGAACCGCCACAAGAAACCCAAAGACAUCAAGCCUAAAGUGAAGAAGCUGAAGUACCACCAGUACAUCCCGCCAGACCAGAAGGCAGAGAAAUAUCCUACGCUGCAGAUGGACUCGGCGUAUGCAUGUCUCCUGCAGCAGCAGCAGCUCUUCCUGCAGCUACAGAUCCUCAGCCAGCAGAACCCCCAUCCACAGCAGCAGAGCUUCAGCUACCAGACCCUCAGCCAGAACACCACACACAAGCCGUCCGGUGAGCAGCAGUCAUCGUGUGCGUCCAGUGUUCAGAGCAGCAGCAGCUCGUCGUCUCCAGUGAAGAGCAGCUCCUCUAACCCGUCCAUCAGCCCCCUCAGAACCGGACCGCUGCCCGCCGACCUGGACGACCUGAAGGUGUCUGAACUCAGGCAGCAGCUGCGCAUGCGUGGUCUGGCCGUGUCUGGCACUAAGACUUUGCUCAUCGAGCGGCUGCGGCCCUUCAGAGACUCCAGCUGCGCUUCUCCAGCCGCGUUCCCCGUGACGCCCACCGGAUCGCUCUCGUCCUACCACUUCUACCCGUUCUGCAGCAGCGGCUCCACGCCGCCCAUCUCUCCGGCCUCGUCCGAGCUCUCCGUCAGCAGCUUCAGCGACGCCACCGUGUCCUCGCCGCAGUUCGGCCUGAGCACAGACGAGGGACCGGACCCCGAGAAGGACAAGAUGCUGGUGGAGAAGCAGAAGGUGAUCGAGGAGCUGAGGUGGAAGCUGCAGCAGGAGCAGAGGCAGGUGGAGGAGCUGCGCUUGCAGCUGCACAAGAGGAAGCGCAUGCAGGACUGUCCCGCUCCGCCGCAGCACAGGACGCAUCUGCAGCAGUUCUACGGCGUGUCCGUCAAGCAGGAGCAGAUGAAAGGCGGCUGCAUGGCUCACUGCGAUCUCCUGGAGCUGCAGUCGUCUGGAAGCCCCGCCGGUCUGUCUGCGUUCCUGAGCCCUCAGUGUUCUCCUGAAGAUUCACCCGUCACCAAACCCUCCAGCAGCCCCCCGUCGCCAGACUCACACACGCUGCUGCCGAACGCAAGCAGAGCCACGCGCAGCACACAGCUGCAGCAGAAGAGCUGCUCGUAUCCACCUGACCAGAGAAACCUGCAGACGCUUUACCAUCAGAGUCCAUCAGAGAACAGCGUCAGCGCCAGAGGAUCCACCAGAGCCAAGAGCGCCGGCACACAGCAGAACGAGGCUCUGUCUCUCUCUCCGCAGCACGUUGAGCCCAAGUCUCCUACAUCCAGCACUGCCUUCUGUAGCUCAGAUCCUCCUGCCUCCGGCAGCAAAGGGCCGCCGCGUUAUGAGGAUGCUGUGAAACAGCAGAUGUCGCGUAGCCAGCAGAUGGACGAGCUUCUAGACGUCCUCAUCGAGAGCGGAGAAAUGCCAGCUAACGCCAAAGAAGAGCGGUCUCCUGUAACCAAAGUUGUGCCUCACCUUACAGUUCCGUCCAAGUUCCACCGACACUACAGUCAGGUGUCGCCCCCCAUGCUGUGGUCCGAUCACGGAGACGCUCACCUGGAGCCGCUGCUGAGCCGGACGCAAGGAGACGCGGCGCUCCUGAAGAUGCCGGCUGAGGACGGAUUCACAAAGAUCUCAGCGGGCGCCGCCGAGGGUCACAGCCUCGGAAUGACCUUCGCGGAGUCGCCGUGGGAGACGAUGGAGUGGCUGGAUCUGAUUCCGCCCAGCUCCGCCAACGCCUCCCACAGCGGCCUGCCUCCGUCUGGACCGAGCAUCUUCAACACCGAGCUCCUGGACGAGACCGACAUCAGCCUGCACCUGCAGCACUGCUUUGUUUCUUCUGGAAUGUAAUUCGUAUGACAGAAAGCUUUAGUAUUGCUUGGCCACUGAACAACAUCACCAUAUAACCGGACCCAGUAUUUGUCUCCACCGCUGUAUUACUGUACCAGAGCUCAAUAAACAAACGUAAAA